UGUGUGUACUUAACCCGGAAGUGAUGGUGACGCUUGUUUGGGCGGCCCUGACAUUGCGUUUCAACGCUCCCAACCCGUGAUUUUUACGUCACAGACUCGCGAAGCAAGGUUAAGUUGAUGCGGGACGAGGCGGCGACAGUCUGGCGAGCAGAAUGGCGACCCGCCCGGUAAUUCAUUCAUUUCGGGUUGUGUCUACAUGCUGAUAGGAUGCACGUUGCCGAUUUCGUGUCCGGCUCGUUGGCAGGGGCCUGUGGCAUGAUUGUGGGAUACCCUCUGGACACUGUCAAGGUACGGAUACAAACCCAGAGACAGUUCACGGGAAUAUGGCAGUGCAUCGCCACCACGUUUUCCAAAGAAGGGGCGCACGGCUUCUUCAAAGGCAUGUCGGUCCCCAUGGCAACCAUCUCCAUCACGUCCUCGGUGGCGUUCGGCACCUACAGGAACUGUCUGCAGUGCCUAAAGCAGGCUCGGGGAGCCGCCCACGGUCCCAGCACCAAGCCGGAGAUAUUCCUGUCGGGGUUGGUGGGCGGAAUAACGCAGAUGUUGCUGGUCGCUCCCGGUGACAUCGUCAAAGUGCGCCUGCAGUGCCAGACGGAGUCCGUGCGGCGAGGGACCAAGCCCAAGUACCGGGGGCCGUUCCACUGUCUGCUGAGCAUCCUCAAGGAGGAGGGCCUGCGGGGGCUCUACCGGGGGGCGACGCCGCUGGCGCUGAGGGACGGCCCCGGGUUCGCCAUCUACUUUCUGACGUACAACACCGUUUGCGAGUGGCUGACGGAGAGCGGAAAAGCAAAGCCAGCCUGGAGCGCCGUGAUGUUGGCCGGCGGCUUUGCGGGUAUGAUGUCGUGGACCCUGAGCACGCCCAUGGACGUGAUCAAGGCGCGUCUGCAGGUGGACGGCGUCCGGGGGACGCGGCGCUACAGGGGGCUCGUCCACUGCGUGGCGGAAACGGUGCGCGCCGAGGGCGUGGGCCUCUUCUUCCGGAGCAUGGGCAUCAACUGCGUGCGCGCCUUCCCCGUCAACAUGGUGGUGUUCGUCACCUACGAGCUUUUCACCGGCCUGCUCCAGGCCACGCCGGACAGCGGCGCCCCCCCUCCGGUGGGCCUGGAAUAAGAGCGCGAGUCCCGUUGACGGUUUUUUGGGGUGCAGAAACCCGUCACAGGUGAGAAGUCCUUCAUCGUCGCAACGCCAAUCGCGAAUGAAUCACAAUGAGUUACAUGUGAAUGAGAGGUCCGAAAAGUUGACCUCGAAAUUCAUGUUUUUGGGGAGAAAUAAUGCCUAAUAAUGAUAAUGCCUUUUCUAAAAAAUAAUAAUCAAUAUUAAUGUACAUUGAGUUCAUGACAGCUGAUGAUACAUCACAGCACGUCAGAGAUUUGAAUUUCUUCAAAGCUAAAAUCAGGAGUAACGAGUUGAUGUUUUUGUUUUAUUGGCACAAUGCAACCCGCUGAUAUAAAAAGUCUACACACCCCUGUUCCAAAGUCCAGGAUUAUGAAAAAUGAGGAAAAGACAAGUCGUUUCCCAAUUUCAACCUGAACUUUAUCACUUAUGACCAAAAGAACAUCUUACCUGCAGUGAAGCAAGACGUUGGCAAGCAUCAUGCUUUUGGGUUCUUCAGCGCCGCUUUCAAUGGUGUGUACUGACUCCCAUUUCCCAUAAGUUUAAAUGGAAUUGGUCUACUUGGAACACGUCCACAUCAGCAGAUAUAGGAGGGUGUGUGCACUUCUGCAACCCAAUCACCUUACUUGGCAAAAGGUUUUGAAAUUCAUCUCGCUCACUGGUGUCUUUAUAUCUCAAAAUCCUGCCAUUCAAACAUUGACGUUGACUUUUUAUAUUGCACUGAUUGAACACAAUUUGUGGGAAAUAAUUCUGCAGACCGCAGUUUAAGAACAACGUGUUUAAGUUGGGCCUUCAGAAGUUGAACGUGAUGUCAAAAUUAAGAAAAAAAAAAAAGCAAUUAGAAUUAAACUGAUUUUGAUAUACUGGUUUUAAGUGUUUUUAUGUUUUAAGUAACAUUUUAGAACCUCGUCAUGUAGGUGCAAAAAAAUAAUAUUGGACACGUUAUAUAUAUAUGUAUGUGAUGAUAAUCUCGAAUCGUUCAAUUUGUUGAGGGUCCACGUUUUGUUUCCUUAAUACUUUGCGUAUUAAAUAUGUGACGACGUCACGAAAGCUCAGGUAAAGUCACUUCAUUGUUCGUGUAAUAGUCCACCCGCGGCCUCUAGAUGGCGCCCUCGUCUAAGCCAAUUGCAGCCCAAGCCUGGUAAGAACUGCAAAAAAAAAAAUUAAAAAAGGUGCAACACUGCAAAUUACCAUGCUUUCUGUAAUUAUGUAUGACUUGACAACAUGAGAAUAUGUUAUAUCCUACUAUGAAUGCUUUUCUCAUUGAAUUUAUCCGUUGUUAAAUGUUGAUGUGCCUUGAGUAAUAAAGGUUUUCGAUGAA